AUGGCUUCCGGCGACAAAGGUCUUGAGGAUCUUCAAGACAGCCAGAUCGAAUCUAACUAUGAUGAGAUCACUGAUUCCUUCGAUUCUAUGAACCUCAAGAGCGAGCUGUUGCGCGGUGUUUACGCCUAUGGUUUCGAGCGCCCAUCUGCUAUUCAGCAGCGUGCUAUCAUGCCUGUGAUCAAAGGAUCCGAUGUGAUCGCACAGGCACAGUCCGGAACUGGAAAGACGGCCACAUUCUCAAUCUCGGUCCUCCAGAAGAUUGAUCCUCAGCUCAAGGCCUGUCAGGCUCUGAUUCUUGCGCCAACUCGAGAAUUAGCUCAGCAAAUCCAAAAAGUCGUUGUUGCGAUCGGAGAUUUCAUGAGCAUCGAAUGCCAUCCGUGCAUUGGUGGCACGAAUGUGCGCGAAGACAUGAAGGCUCUUCAGGAUGGUCCACAGGUCGUUGUUGGAACACCUGGGCGUGUUCAAGACAUGAUUCAGCGCCGAGUGCUCAAAACGGACAACAUGAAGAUGUUUGUGCUUGACGAGGCUGACGAAAUGCUUUCGCGUGGUUUCACCGAGCAAAUCUACGACAUCUUCCAGCUCCUCCCUCAAUCUACCCAAGUCGUCCUCCUGUCAGCAACGAUGCCGCAGGACGUUCUCGAAGUCACUACCAAAUUCAUGCGCGACCCAGUCCGUAUCCUGGUCAAGAAGGCCGAACUCACCCUUGAGGGUAUCAAGCAAUUCUAUAUUGCUGUCGAGAAGGAAGACUGGAAACUGGACACCCUCUCAGAUCUCUAUGAAACCGUCACCAUCACCCAAGCCGUUAUUUUCUGCAACACGCGUAGAAAGGUGGACUGGCUUACGGACAAGUUGCAGUCUCGUGACUUUACCGUGUCCGCCAUGCAUGGAGAUAUGGACCAAGCUCAACGCGAUGUCAUCAUGAAAGAAUUUCGUUCGGGUUCAUCCCGUGUGCUCAUCGCCACUGACCUUCUGGCCCGCGGUAUCGAUGUUCAACAGGUGUCUCUUGUCAUCAACUACGACCUUCCUGCCAACCGCGAAAACUACAUCCAUCGUAUUGGUCGUGGCGGUCGAUUCGGACGAAAAGGCGUUGCCAUCAACUUCGUCACCCAGGACGAUGUUCGCAUGAUGCGUGAGAUUGAGCAGUUCUACAGCACUCAAAUCGAAGAGAUGCCGAUGAACGUUGCUGAUCUCAUCUAG